CACUUGAUCGAUCUUUAGCAUAUCAAUGUUAUUUGAUGUGCUGGAACCAAAGCAUAGUUAUACCGCUUUGGAAUUUAAAAGAUGAAGUGGCAGAAAAUGAUAAUAUUCUUACUUGGGUAGAUAGUGUUAAUGUCCUAACAAAGCUUCUAUACGAUCGGGAAAAGAAUGAAAAAAAGCCAGCAAUUUACAGUUUCAAACAGAUGCGCAGUGAGAUAAUAUCUAAGGAUUUUCGGCUAAGUAGUUUUUUUGAUUCAAUUUAUAAUGCAUCUUUUCCUAAAGAAAGAAGUAAUAAGGAUUUAGAUAAGCUAGAUAAAAAAUUAGCAGUAGAGUGUUAUAUUAUUUGCGGUAACCGAAAUUCUAAACUAACCACAUUUAAAAAAGAUGUGUCUCUUUUUGUAGAUUUAAUGGGGGUUUCCAUGGAAGCUAUAGAUGCCUUAUCGCAUGCCGGUAUAACAAUUUCACGAAGACAUCUAGAUAGAGAAAAGAUAGCCAUCGCUGAUAAUCAUUCACAUAGAAUCGCACCAAAUGGUAUAUCAGUUCACAAUCUAAAUUUAGUUGAUUUUAACCUUAUUUGCAAUUUUUUAGACACCUACUAUAUGAGACGAAUGUCUAAAACGUUUAAUGACCAGUUUUAUCGUGAGGUACCUUUGGACAAGAAACUUGAGAAUAUGACUCUUCACAAAUACGAUUCUCGUAUACAAGAACGGCAGGAAAAGCGCAAAAUGAAAGAUACGAUUCUCUUAGAUUUUUUUGAACUUAGUCUUAAAAACAUGGAUUCGUAUAUUAAUGCUUUGCGAGAA